AUAGUAUAUUAUCUCGACGAUAUAUUUAUCUUCUCUAAGAUAAUAGACGAAUACCGGAAGUAUAUAAAAGCAGUACUAGACGCGCUAUAUGUAUAUAAACCAUUAGUUAACAAGAAAAAGAGCGAAUUCCAUGUUAGAAAGACGGUAUUUUUAGGAUAUAAGAUAUCCUUAGGACAAAUUCGGAUAGAACCUUUAAAGGUUAAAGCUAUUAAGAAUUAG